AUGCCGCUGCUGGAAACUCUCAAAGUGGUUCACCAGUACACUCGGGAUCGGCAGAAUGCCCUGCAGGCAAACAACCAGAAGCUCCUCCUGAGAUUUGCCGACGUCUUCUGGCGCACCUGUGACCUUGGUUUCACGGCCUUUGGAGGGCCUCCCGUCCAUUUCCAGAUUCUGCACAGGCGAUUCGUAGAAGGGCGCGGAGAUCUUGUCCCAUGGAUCGAUGAGCAGACGUACCAAGAGCUUUUCGCCAUCUGCCAGGCUCUUCCGGGCCCAGGGAGUACCAAAAUGCUUUUUUGCAUGGCGCUCAUUCAUGCCGGGGCUAUACCGGCUUUUUUGGUGUUCCUGACUUGGAGCCUUCCCGGGGCGAUCGCAAUGUAUGGGUUGUCACUCGGGGUCCAACACAUCAACACCGUUCUCCCAGGUGCAGCCUGCGCUUUCUUGUCCGGGUUGAAUUCCUCAACCGUCGGAAUCGUCGCCCUUGCUGCCGUUCAGCUCGCAGACAAAGCCAUCAAGGACAAGUUGUCGAGAAUUCUCGUCAUCUUCGGCGCCUGCGCCGGCCUUUGCUAUAAUGCCCUGUGGUAUUUCCCCAUCCUCAUACUGGGUGGAGGCAUCGUGACGGCGAUUUGGGAUACUCGACUUCGACAAGCAAUGGCCCGAUUCAGACGAAGAUUGAAGGAGAGGAGGUCACGACAGGAGGGUGCAGUGGAGGAAACUGGCAACGACGGCGGUCAAAGUAUUGAGUUGAGACCUGCGCAAAGUGAGAGCUCGAAUACUUUGCAGAGAAGAACUGGAGUCACAGUAGCCCCGUCAGCGAAUACAGCACAGUCAAAGACUGGCGACGCUUCGACCUCUGCUCCUCUCGCCCCCGAUGCAGCAGCUCCUUCUACGGAUAUGCGAUCACAUGGGAUCUCGGUACCCACAGGACUGCUAAUCAUCGCUGUCUUCUUUGCGUCAUUUAUCGCAGUCCUUGUCACGCGUGGUGUCCUUAAAUCACCUCCACGGCUGCUUGACCUAUUCGCAAACAUGUACCUCGCUGGGACAAUCAUUUUCGGCGGAGGUCCCGUCGUGAUCCCACUGCUCCGAGAAUAUGUGGUGCAGCCCGGCUGGGUCUCGUCGAGAGACUUCCUCAUCGGCUUGGCCAUCAUCCAGGCAUUCCCGGGCCCGAAUUUCAACUUCAGCGUCUAUCUCGGCGCGUUGGCGUUGCUGGGCACGCCUCAACCCACGAUCCUGGGCGCCCUGAUGGGGUACAUUGGCAUCUUUCUGCCGGGCAUCGCACUUGCCGUGGGAGUCCAGGGCAUUUGGCGAGUUCUUCGGACAAAGCCAAUGGUGGUCAGCCUCCUUCGAGGAGUCAAUGCAACGGCGGUCGGGCUGGUUUUCACGGCAGUGUAUCGCUUGUGGGAAAUCGGCUACGUGACCCCACAGGCGACCCAGGGCCAGAGUCUGGCAAAGGAACCGUGGUGGGUUGUGAUUGCCGUCCUGACCUAUUCCGAGUCGGCUUGGUUCAACAUCCCCGCCGCUCCGGCGAUUGUCUUGGGAGGGCUGUUGGGUUUGGCAUGGUAUGGCGCUGUGGGCAAAAACAGCCUGGGUUGA